AUGCCCCCAACCCCAACCCCAACCCCAACCCCAACCCCAACUCCAGAAAUAACCCUCGCCGCCCUCACCACCAAGAUCCAAGCCUCCACCCUCCUCCCCACCACCCACCUCCACCAACUCCUCCUCUCCACCCCAAGUCAAACCCUCACUCUCCCCGCCUUCCUCGCCCUCUUCCCUCCCUCCCUCCAAUUGACCCACCGCAACGCCCUCACCCAAAUCCACCACCUCCUCGCCUAUCUCUCCAAUUUCCCCUUCUCCUCCUUCCCCGUCCCCCAAUCCUUAACCCCAACCGCGCUACUCCGCGCCCUCACGCUCGCCAACCCCGCCCUCUCCGCCCAGCUCUUCGAGGAAAGCAACCUCACGCGCCGCCGCACGCCAGCCGAUUAUAGGCGGGUGAUCUUCCAGGGUCUGGCGACGGAGCGUGUCCCCGAGCCUCAGCUUUCUGGACAGGUGGAGGUGGAGGGGGAGGGGGAGGGGUUCCACAAGGAGAGGGCGCAAGCAUCCCGCAACGCCUUUGACAUCCCCUCUGCAGACGAUGAGACCCAGCGAUCCUUCUGCGGGGUGAAUUACGAUGCCGACGGCGAUGAGAUGUUCCAUGAUGUGCUGGAUGUGUUGUAUAAUGUCCAGGACAAGCGGGUGUGGGAGGCGGGGGUGCCGCGGGAGGGGUGGAGGCGGGCGGCGGUGGAGUUGGUGCGCGGGGUGGAGGCGGAUGCUGAUGCGAGGGGGCUGAGAGGCAGGGGCAGGGUCAGGAUUAGGGAGCUGGGGAUUCGGAGGGAGAGGUUGCGCGAGGUGGUGCGGUUGUUUGUGCGGGUGGGCUUUGCGGGGUGUGCUGCUGUGGGGGUCGGGGAGGAGGAUGGGCUGGAGGAGGCGGCUGAGUGUGUGGUGCGGGCCUUUGCGCGAGACGGGGCUGAGGUGGUGAUGUGGGAGAUGUUUGAUGAGGUCAUUAGGGAUGUUCUGCCACACUUCUUGACCAGCUUGGGAAGACUCCUGUUCCCGCUCUAUCAACCGCGAACCGAGCAGGAGGAUAUCGUUCAUUCCCUCCCCCAACCCAGCAAGAUUGCAACCCGCCCUGUGCUAGCGCUGUUGGACAUGAUCCUGGCGGAAACGGUGGCGUUCGAAGCACUCGCGUUGCGCAAGAUGUACACCACCUCCGAGAAAACCGAAACGGCAGAGACACUGGCAGCCGACCUAGACAACGACGAGGAUCUGACGGUGGUCCUGAUCGCGGGACGGUGUACGCAGUCCGGACAGCGAGCGGUAUUUGGCUUCCAUCUGCCCUGGGCGGGCAUGGAGGGUGCGGCGGCAUCGUGUCUGUUGUUCCAGUUGAGUCCCGUGCAGGAUGUGUUUCGCGGGGAUUUAUCUGAAGUGGUGCGGCCGGGGUAUCGACUAGCAGAGCAAACGAAGCAGUUGGGCUUCGGGGAGGCAGGAAAAGGCGUGCAGUUGGUGCUGGAGAGGAAUCUAUCGAGGAUGAGCGUGAGGCAUGUGGUUGCGGAGGGAGGAGGGUACCGGGCGAGGGAGUGGAGGGGCGACUGGACCAUGGAGGUUGAGGUGCAGGAGAUCGAGCUUUGGGAUGAGACAUAG